AGCGAAACAUACAACGAACGUCGAGCACUGUACUACUUAAAUGUACAAGAAACAUAGAAAGACUAUAGAUACGUAGAAGUUUUAUUUCAUUUUAGGGACUGACAUCAAACUCAAUACAUCUCAUCUCUCUCUUGUUCGUGAUUUAACUACAUUCUCCAAUUCUAUUCUCGUUUUACGACCACUCUGCUCUAAAGUUUUCAAGAAGUGUAAGUAUGAAGAUCGGGUUGGAGGUAGCAAUUGUCCUGUCCGCUAUCGUCAGCCUGGACUCGGAGUUGGACAAUUGCCCGUAUUUGGCAAAUGGCUCUCGCAUAGCGCUUAGCAGGAAGCCCGCCGUAGAUCGGCAUGGCGACCCCGCCGCGCGACAAAAGCAACUUGCUGAGCAUUUAUUUCACGCGGCGAACGUUCAGCUCGAAUGCCACCGCAGCGUCUAUUCUCUGGACAACGCACUACAAACGGUUCACGCUUGUGCGGCGGACGACGGGGGCAUCAGCAGCAAUAGACACGACAUCUGCACCAGCCAAGAUAAGGAGACGAGCGGCGGCACCGACAGAAGAAAGUUCAGAAAAAAGCAAGACUUUCCAGUAAGGCAGAAAAAACUUUUCAUCGAAAAUGCGUGCAGGAAUAUACUUGCGAAGCAGGAUGCUUGGUCCCUUGCGCACGAACAGAGACGCGAUGAGCUGGUUCGCGCCUCCGCCGAUCCCGCAACAGGCCGCUUCCGGCUUUCUGCCUUUUGGCAUCGUGUUGGCCUACAGGCAGACGAGCUGAUCGUUCGCGCGGCUGGCAAGUGUCUCGCAGCCAGAAUGCGUUUCAUAGCCAGUGGCGCCCAGGUGUCGAUUUAUGGAGGUAGCACAUCGACGUCGCACUCAUUUUCCGAUGACCUGUUCAUGGAUGACGCACUCGGUCAGUUGAUCCGCGACGCCACGAUGAUCCGUCAGGACAUUGCUGCGACGGUAAGAAUGGCAAACGCUGAUCGCCGCCUGGAAGAAAUGGUGGAAAUGCGUACAGCACCUUCAUCCGCUGCAGCUGUGCAACAGCCAUGCGAAAACAAAAGAAAUGGAGGGAAAGACGAUAAAUCGAAAGCAUUUACAUCAACUGCUAGCGAGGGUACUGCAGGUGCAGGACGAGGUUCUACUUUCAGUUUGUUGAGAGGAACAAUGAGAGGAGACAGAAAUUCGAACGGCUGCGACCCCGAUUCCGAAGAACCGUGCUCAGAAGACUCAGAAACUGAUGAUUUUUCCAGCUACAGUCCUUCGCACGAUGAGGUCGACAUUGACAGCAGAAAAGCCACCGCCGCUCGUAGUUCUUCCGAUGUUCCUGCUGGAGCUGCUCAUCUAGAAGUUCGAGUGAACAGAAAGACGAAGAUUGGACGGAGAGCCGCGCUUUUCCACUAUGCCAGAAAAACUCACCAGAAAAUGUGUAAGGAGGCUGCCAGCAGGUCUACGGGAGCUGCAAAGUCUUCAUCUCUACUAAGUGGAGCCUCUCCUGGGUGGGAUGAGGAGUUCGUGCUUCAAGAAAUUGAAAAGAUGGAGAAUCAGUGGCGAGAGGACCAGAAGACCGAUCUUUUCGCAAAGGUCCACUCGCUGAGCAACAGCAAGGAUACCGGUGUAGGACGGAGAGCGCUGUUGGCUGGAAAAAAGGCUUCGGACAAGUUCUCAAAGACCAAGGCAGAGGUGUGCGACGCUUUGAGACGCAACCCGCACGACCCGGUGAAUCGGCGCGUCGCGGCCGAAAAGCUGCGGACCGGGGCGAUGGAGAAAAAUGCGGCGACUGCGACAGUGUGGGUAUACAAGAUGUUGGAAGAAGCUUGUGGAAAAGCGUACAUGGAGCAUAUGAAUUAUGAUAUUGAUAUGCCGAUGAACAACAACAAGAUCACGCACGAGCGGAAAAACGCAGCGACGAACGGUGGAGUGCAAGUCUCAGUCACUUCAUCUGGGAACAAACGAGCCCUAGGGCAAGAAGAAGCUCCUCCAUGCGUUCCAGCAGUCAUCGGAAUUGAAGACCAGGAGCGCCUUUUCAAGCGCGCAGCGGAGGUAGGCUGCGAGGAUGAAUUUCUAGAAGAAAAAAACCAGACCGCCAUGCGUGCAGAUGAGCCGAUGAUCCACUCCAGCAAAUACCAGCAGUGCAAAGCAUUUCUGUACCAGGCAAAGCGCGCUGCACUGAUCUACGCGCGGAAAUUUCUUCCAGCAAUGAACAACUCAUUGGCGGAAUACGCCAUCGGCCACAAUGCCCUCUCGGGCUCGAAAGAGGAGCGGUACGCAGAGUUUUGGAAGGAUAUUCCGUUGUACCAAGAGACCUUUACAGUCACGAAGAAGCUGCAACGCGAACAAAUUCAGCUGGAUUUGCGUUUCCAGAAGUUGGUAAAACAGUUUGAUGAAGAUAAGGCAGUAGGCCCGGAAGAGGCUGCCGCAGGGUUUGCGUUUGGUGUGAAUAGCAGAACAGCUUCGAGGACGUCCGCCGGCCGCAAAAGUAUCUUCUCUGCAACUCUGAGUAAUCUCACGAACCUCAAAAAGCAGUCGGAACUACGUGCUGAUCUGCAAGUCAAGGUCCAGGAGUUUGCCUCGAGCAAAGAAAUGCAGCUAGAAUCCAGGAUCAGGAAGAUACAGGAGAGGGGCAAAAUCAAGCCACCGAGUCCAACGGAGAUAGAGGAGGAGUACGUUGACCUGCACACCUCUGGCAUCGCGAACGUGCUGGAGAACGAAAGGGCGGAGCUCGUAAAACAACUUGCGACCCAGAAGGUGCCAGCGCCAUCGGAAGAUCACGAUAUGAUCAUCACUGGAUCUUCUACUGCUGCAGCUACUGUUAUUGGUAGUGCGCCGACGUCAGCGUUCAUGGCCUUGUCGCCCGAGGAAUACAUCAGAAACCAAAUUUCCUGGAUUACCGCACGACUCGAACGGUGUGGCAAAGCUUGCAGAGAAGAGAUAGGGACGAAACGCUUCAGCGAACGUGGCCAGGUGAUUUCGUCGAAGAAGUGUUGGCAACAGCAAGAAGCGGAUAUGCUUUUCGGAACCAUUGAGCUCGUAGAGCCGCCAAAUAUAGCAGAUUUGGAACCGUGAGAACUAGUUAUGAUAAAUAGCUACAUUUUUCUACGCUUCUAUUGGAUGUAAAUCUGGACAAGUAGAAAGGGUGUGCGUAAUAUUCAAAAGAAACAGAAAGUUAGUGCUAUCUCAACUCAACAAACAUAUUUGGUCUACCAUCGGGUCCAGGACUCUUAUUGAUAUUUUUUGGUUAUCGUUAUCUGUACAAGGUCCAUUAUUUGGUUUUCGAGUAUUGGAAAAAGGCACGACCGUCUUCGUCUUCGAUACACCAACAAGGAGAUGAUAGAUUUCCGUCUAAGAUCGUCAACGAGCCUCACCUAGACACAAAAGUCAUUUUCAAGAAACCUAGAGCCAGCGUCACCUCACAAGUCUUCUCAAGAAAGAAAAAGCCAUACUGAUACUAUGAGUCGGUUAUGACGAGUCAGUAUACAGAUUCUGAUUCACCGCGACAAUCCCUCCUCGAUAUUGAGCUUAGAGAAAAUGCGCGCCGAAGUACUUGUUAUAUAUAGAUUCUCAAUCGAUAAAUAUUUCUCGCAACGAAAAGAACUGAAUACCAAUAUGAGAUUGAGAGUUGUCAAAUGAUGCAAAGCAUAAGCAAGCAAUUCAAAUUAUUGUUGAUGUCUCGCUACCCGUUACGAUAAGCGAUUGUGGUCCAUGACGUG